ACAAACACAUUGUCUCCUUAGAUUCCUUUCUUUUCUAUUUGAAGCGCACUCUAUCCCAGUCUCUUUCUGAUUUCCUAUAUCAGCUGGUGGGACUGGUUAUGUUUCUUUUGUCAGGAUUCUCUUGCACUCACUAUAUGAAAGGGGGAGAUGGCUAGAAUAACAAAGAAACAAUUAAAUAAACCUAAAAGCCCAACAUAUCUAUCCCCAACAGUAAAAAGAAGAAACCAGAUUCAUACUCUCUCCAUCUCUCUGUCUCCCUCCCUCUCUCUACUAUCUGACCUUCCUUUAAAGCUUGUUCUUCCUUCUCAUAUUAAGACACCAGUCAUGGAUACAACCUCAACCCCUCAACCUCAAGACUCAUCCUCCAAGAGGCAUUUCCAUUGGACCAACAAGGUUGGAAAUGAAGACAUCCAAGUCCCCUCCUCUGAAACAAUGUCCAAAAUCAUAGAGGAAGACGCAAACACAAAGGGAAAAGACGAACAAGAACAAGAUGACAAGGGUCUUCCACUCCCAGGCUCUGCAACGACUUCCCAAAGAAGAAAGCUUCAGGCCGUGGCAAUCUCAAGGCUCCGCUCCGUCCUCACCGUGUUCGGCAAGAACCGCUCCAACCUUCCCUUUGGCCUCGGUUCUCGAGUGGUCGGCACCCUCUUCGGCUACCGUCGCGGCCAUGUCCACUUCGCCUUCCAGAAGGACCCAACUUCCCAACCCGCUUUCCUCAUCGAGCUUGCAACACCCAUAACCGGUUUGGUUCGUGAAAUGGCUUCUGGGCUGGUCCGAAUCGCGCUGGAAUGCGACAAGGACAAAGAGUCAGAGAAGAAGAGCUUGAGGUUGCUUCAGGAGUCCGUGUGGAGGACCUACUGCAACGGCAAAAAGUGUGGCUUUGCCACCAGAAGAGAAUGUGGAGCGAAAGACUGGGAAAUCCUGAAGGCCGUGGAACCAAUUUCAAUGGGUGCAGGUGUUCUGCCAGUGACUAAUAACAGUGAUGGAGGUGAUGGGGAGGUGAUGUACAUGAGGGCUAGGUUUGAGAGAAUUGUUGGGUCCAGAGACUCUGAGGCCUUCUACAUGAUGAAUCCUGACAGCAAUGGAGCACCUGAGCUCAGUAUUUAUUUGCUAAGAGUCUAGUUACUAGUAACUACUACGACCGGCCCUUUCAGUUAUCAUACUUAACUUUCUUUCCCUUUUAGUUUCUUCUUUCUGGAUGUUAAACACUAGGCUAUUCCUAUAGUACCUGUUUAGCUCCUCAAUCAUGAAAAUGGUCACUUAGUUCUCUCUGUUUUUUUUUUUCUCCUAUUCCCCCUCUUCUUCCACCAGGAAGAAGAAGUGGGGUUUCAGUUUUUUUUGGUUAGGAUAGGCGGGUAGGGUAAAGGCAGAAAGGGGGAAAUUAAUUGUGGGUUACCAAUACUUUACAGGGUGAUGGUGGGGUGGGUCAUGAAAGGUGUAUAUGUAUAGUUUCCUUUCCAAUCCUUUAAUUAGUGAUAUGAGGCGAAGGUUAAUGCAAAUCAUCAUUGUCUUCUCA